ACAACAGAAGAGUAGUUUAAUUGCGAAUGCAGUGUAAAAAAAUAUAUGAUAAAUUUUAUAGAAGAAAUGCUUUGAGUGAAAAAGUGUUUUGGUUAAGAAAUGUGGAGUAAAAAAUCGUGUGAAAAUCUCACAAAGCGGGUGCAGCAAACAUAUCUAAAAAAGUAGCGCAGCGAGAGCCUCUGCAGGCGGCACAAGCGAAAUUCGCUCAAUGGCGAAAAUGUUUAAAGUGGACAAACAAAUCUUCUCGCCGUGAUGAAGAUACAUUACAAUAGGCAAUCAUGUGGUUGAAAGAGUGAGAAAUGUGUGCGAUGACUUUGUGACGAAUUUGGUAUGCAGGUGUAAAUGAGAUGCACAACACUUUCAUGGGAUGUAAACAAGAAUUUGUGCAAAAAGAGGAAUUAUGCGAAAACAAAUUAACACGAGAUAUUAAAUAAUUAUUAGAAUCGUGUUAAAUAGAUACGGAAGACUAUCGGAAAAUAUGUGUUAUUUGUAGUUAAGCUUAUUGCAAAUAGGCUAAUUUAAUUAAAAUAUACAUAUACAUAAAAUUAUGGAAUAUAUGUUCUAUGACGCUCCCUUCAUUACCUUUACCCUUUGUUUCAAAGUUUUUAUGACGAUAAAUAUAAAACUAAUAAUUUUUUGAUUACGAACAUCUUGCUAUUUGGAAUAAACAAAAGGCAAUAAUCUUUGACAUUUCGAGGGCGCUCUGCCAUGUAUACAGCUGCUAGCUGUCAUCAUUCUUUUUACAUAUGUUUUGUCUAUUUUCGCCUUGUAUUAUGGCAGAAAAUCAAAAGCGGAAUAUCAAGGGGAAAUAUAAAAGUGGAAAAGUUGCCGGAGUAGAAGCACAAAAGGAAAAGAAUUGUGUAUAGGUGCAGUCCUCAAUGCUUGAUAACUAAAAUAUCCGCGCUAUUUAGUGGAAACCCUAUAAAUUUGAUCAACAGCAACGAAUAAGGUGAAAUGUCUAAUAAUAAUCCCCAUGGACACAUAAGUCAACCGACGCAAAAUCCUUCAUGGAAUCAUUUGCAACUUGAACAUCAGAUGAACUCUCUGCUGCCCCGUUCGCUCUUACCGCCAUUCGAUUCAAUGGACUUAUCGCUGCAAUCAAGUCGUAGUUCAAGCUCACCACUAAACAAAAUCGUUGGUGGUCAUGCGCCUGGUAUGCUAUCACAUGAGUACGGUGGUCAUAAGCAUGCGGCCACGCCACAGCCGCCAGGACCCCCGCCUCCACAUCAGCAUCAGCAACAUUCCCACCAACCACAAGCGCAUCAGCAUCAACAACAACAGCAGCAACAAUCACAACAUCAUGGACCGAAUAGUUACCCAAUCUUAGCACAACAGCAGCAGCAGCAACAACAACAACAACAACAGUCACAGCACGCACACCACUCUCAGCUAUCUGCAUUGCAAUCUUCGCCAGCCACGCAUGGCAUGCAAAGUGGCGCCACACCGCAAUCUCCUGCCUCACCAGCUGGCAGUCAAGGUCCCGGUAAAUAUAUGAAUACGAAUGGCAAUGAUUGUGAAGGCAUGCUGCCACCUGGUGGCUCAAAUCCUGGCGGUUCGUCGUCGGUAGGUGGCAAUAAUAACGGCGCGAAUGCGAGCAGUGGUCCCGCAGGUGGAGGGAGCGGCGGUCCAAGCCCUGUGCAUACUUAUAUGCGCGAGCCCAACGAUGCGCCCAGCCAUAUGAGUGAAGGCUAUGGCAAAGUACCGCAUUUGGCGCGUAAUUAUGAAUCUGAGUUACAGUCAAAAGGUGCCGGACCGAAGCCGGUUGAGUUGGUCAGCAAAGAUUGUAAUUACACUUCGCUUAUAUCAAAUAAAAUGCAGUCGCAUGCGCAGCAACAGCAGCAUCAGCAACAGUCACAAGUUUCUCCCAAGAAACAAUCGCCAAUUCGUAAUUAUCAUGCGCAACAACAACAUCAACAUCAUCAUCAGCAGCAACAACAUCAGCAGCAGCCGCCAGCUUUUAAUAAUCCACCACAGUCUGCCAUGAAGCAUAACGGUCCGCAUACACCGCCCACACCACAAUCACCCGUAAUGCAUCAGCAAACUGGUGGACCUUUACAUGGCAUGGACUAUAAUCAAAUGCAUUUGCAGCAACAACAGCAGCCACAGCCACAGAACGCUUAUCCACAUCCACAACAGCAACAACAACACAUGUCGCAACAUUUGCCACACCCACCGCCACCACAUGCGCUACACUAUCCACCACACCCGCACGCACAUCAGCUGCCACACAGUCUCUUGCCACAACAACCGACACAACAUCAGCAACAAGCCACACAAUUGUCGCAACAAAAUCAGCAACAUCAUAUUCCACCGCAACAACAACACCUACACCCGCAAAUGCAUCAAAAUCAACAGCAACACCAGCAUCAAGUAUCGCCACGCAUGCACCAACAACAACAGCAACAACAGUCUCUUACCGCACAGCCGCAGCAACAACAACAAAACCAAUCACCACCAAUGCAUCGUUCACUGAACACCCACAUACAACACACCAAUUCCACAAAUUACACGCAUCUCGAUGAUAUGGCGCCUGCUGCUGCAGCCAAUGCUUCGAAUGCGCCCACAUACAACGUGCACGCAGCAGAGUUGAAAAAAUCCUCGCCACCUGCUGAUAAUACCGUUAUAGCAGAUCUCUCACCCACAGCAGUCAACAGUGGCACGAAUAAUACGUACUCCACCAGCGGGAACAGUGCGCCCAAAGCGGCUUGCAUACCCGACAGCGCUGAGUCGCCUUCGCCGGAAGCGAUUUCUUCGCACUGCGAGUCAUUGGACUCCAAUAGCAAUAGUAGUGGCGGUGGAGGCGCAGGUUUUCGACAACGUCUACAAAAACGCGGUGGUGACACCAAAUCAUCCGGUGCUGAGGCUGUAGAUUUCGGUAGUGUUUUAAUGCCAGCACAAGGCAACUCUUCACAGCCGCAGUACCAGCAAUUGUCAAGGAACAACAUUCCACGAAGUCCAAAGUCGUCACCAACGGAACAAGUGCGACGUUCACCACGCAAAGCUGAUAUCAAAUCUCCUGCAAGCAAUUUCAACAAAUCACCUCCCACUGCAACGGCAAACUUAGGUACACCACAUACACAGCCCGAAAAAAUGGCAAUCGCCUCCACACCAUCAUCACCGACCAGCCAAACAAUGGAGAAUGGACGCAUACCGCCGACAAUAGGGACGGCUUCAACUCCAUUGGGCACAACGGCCGAGACAUUUGCCGACUCUGAAGUGGAGACAAUUGACAAAAUCAGCGCCAUGAUCGCCAGCACGGCAAAUGAUAGCGCAACGCACGUGGACGCGAACAGUAAUUCAAGCAUAAAGAGUGUCGGUGAAUGCGACAGCGGCGCGCUCAGCAGCGGCAGCCCGAAAACCAAAAAGCAACGUCAAGCGCUGAAACUGCGCAAUGCCACCGAAUACAAUUCAAAUUCGAAUGGCUCAAGCAAUUCAUAUAGCGCCAUUGGAAAUGCCAGCGCCACCAAUAGAUGUAUGCCCAUGAACGAUAAUGCCGUUGCGGUCGAUGAGUUGCGCAAAGAACUGAUGCAAUCGGAAUUACAGCCGCUGGAGGAGGCUAACGGCGACAAAUCCGCAGCGCAAACCAACGAAGGCGAAGUUGCGGCCGGCAAUCGUUUGGAGUCGCAAGCUGAUGCGCGCAUGAGGCAGCCACGACCACUAAGUCCGCAAAGUAAUAGCCACAGCAGCAGUAGCUCGUCCAGCACUUCCAGCUGCAGCAAUUCCAGCCACAGCAGCAUUGGCAGCAAGACCACAGCAACGACCACACAUGCGGAAAGCAAAACAUCGGGAAGUCAAUGUCCUGUUAUAGCAACAACAACGACAGCUUUGGAAGAGGACAAUAAACACAAACAACAGACUGCAGACGAGCGACAAGCGCCGACCCAAACUGGCGAUGCCGAGCCACUCAAUUUAAAUGCCCAUAAAAGCGACACAGUGACCGCGGCAUUCGAAGAGGUUGAAAAUAAGUUGGAGGAGAUGUUUGCUGGCAUCGAAGAUGAGCCCAUCAUACCGGAGACCGAUGAUCUUGCUUCACAGCCGCCCGCCAAUACCACUGAAGUAGUGCGCGACUUGAGUUUAGCUUUAGAGUUAUCUAACGCCAACCUCAGCGCAGUCGAACCUUCAGCAGAUGCACCACAAGAGACGAACACGCCUAUGAACGCUAUGCCGAAAGAUGUGAGUACGCCACUGCACGUGCGCACGGAAGGUCCACCACCAACUAAAGCCGCCAAAAAGUCGACACUACCUAGUCCUAUACGUAAAACUACCACAGCAGACCUACAAACUGCCGCUGCAGAUGGAGCAAAAGCCACAGACAAUAAAGAAGGCGGAAAAACGAAUAGUGUUGCGGCUGCGUCAACUGCUGCAGCGGGCCGAAGAAGCGGACCGCCGCGACGCCGUCUCUCCGUCGCCAUGGAUCCUGCGAAUAUACGUAUACUGCUGGACAAUGACGAUGCUGACUUUGCGGAACCACGUGCACAGCGCGGCAAACGCACAACCAGCGCCAAACGAAACAACAAUAGUUCGCAAAACAGCAGCGAGCCAAAGAAGGACGUCGUCAUAUGUUUGGAUGACGAUGACGAUCAGCCGAGCACAUCAGCUGCAGCAGCGGCAGCAUUGGCGGCAAAGACGGCCAAAGAAGCGACCACACAGGCUGCCGGCAGCAGCAGCACGCCAAAUGCCAAGACGACGUCUAAAGCCGCUAAGGGCCGCAAAACGCAAGACACGCGCAAACGACCGAGUCGCGCGGCGGAUACUGGCAAGAAUGGCGCCAAAAAGAAAUUGACGGCUAAACAGCAACAGCAACAACGGCGUAAACAGCAACAACAUUCAUCGGAUGAUGAUGCGCCAGCUGCGCCAUCCACCGCAGCGGAACAAAUUAAAAAUAAAUCUCCAUUCAUUUUGGUCAAGCGGGACGGCAGCAUAAACGUGGUGAAUGCGCCCUUGAAUGCCGAAGAUGUCAAUGAGAAGAACGCAGCCGCGCGGCAGGUAAAGAAACCAUCGGGUGCUGCUGGCUACGCACACGAUCGGAAAAACCUACGCGGCCUGCACUCGUCAACGCUGAGCAAUAAAUACGAUGCGGAUACCACCGACUCUACGUGGAUAUGUGUAUUUUGUAAGCGUGGGCCGCAUCGUAUGGGGCUGGGUGACCUCUUCGGACCCUACCUGGUCACAAUCGAUUGCGAGGAAUACAAGACGGCCGUAAAAGCGCCCGACGCCAUCGAUAUGGAUGCGAUUUUUGUGAGCAAACGACGGCGUCUGGAUAUGGUACAGACGAAUCCGCGCAAUCUGCCCGUGGUGCCGGCUAAAAACUGCACAGCGCCCACGGGUGCGACAGCUACUGCUACACGCACCAGCGGUGCGGGUAAAAAGAAAAAGAACGCUCAAGACACAAACGCCCAGGGUAACUUGAAUACUGACGCUACGGUCAUUAUCGAUCCGCUCGACUGCAGCGCAGAUGAGGCACUGCAGCACAACUUUCUCGGUAUGUCUAAAGUCUCGGAGAAGAGCUAUGAAGUGUGGCUACAUGAAGACUGCAUUGUCUGGGCGCCGGGCGUAUUCUUGGUGGGUGUGCGUGUUAUGGGACUCGAUGCAGCGGUCUGGACCAGCACCACCUACCACUGUGUGCUGUGUAGCAAGCCUGGUGCGAUUGUGUGUUGUCUGCAGCGCGACUGCAAGGCAGCCGCACACGUGCCAUGCGCACGCGCAGCCGGCUGGAAUUUGAACGAAUCCACAAUGAACGUACACUGUCAACAACAUGCCGUACAACCGGUCAUUGCACCGACAACCCUAUCAGCGCUAGCAGCACUGCAGCAACAACAACCGGCAAUUUUGGAAAAUUCCUGAGAAUCGCAAGCAGCCGAGUGUCACCGUCCACGUUCGCGUGCGCAACAAAGUGCGCGUCGUCAACGUUGCUUAGCGAAGUCAACUGCACAGCGCAAAUCGAAAUAAAGCAACAACAACAUAGAACAUAAGUGCGCUGCUCUUAGCAGUAAGCGUCGUGUUAUGUGUGUGCGACGUGAAGUGUUCGUGAAGCUACGGAUGCAGGCCGUUGCUUUGCUUAUUUGCGUUUCGCUAAACAUUCGUUAGAUUUAAGCGUAAACCAUUUUAAGCUGUAAUAAUAGUAGUGUACUAUAUUAGAAACUUCAAUUUUACAAUUAACUUUAAGCUACCGUUACACACAGAAUAUACACAAGACCAUCGAGAGAGAAAUUUUAGCGCUAAACAUUUUUUUCUAUAUCAAAAAUUUUGUUUGUUACGCAUCCGUUUGUCUGGCAAGUAGUUGAUUUGCAGAAAAAAUUACAAAAUUUACAAAAAUAACAAAAAUUCGUUCGAUUUUCUUAUUGAAAACAAUAUUUGUUUUACUUAAAUUGUACUUUAGUUCUUAGUUUUUGCAUAAAUUAUGCUCUAUACAUAGCACAUACAUACAUUUACAUACAUAUAUACAUAUAUUAUAGCAUAAUCGUAAGAUAUUUGUAUAUAAAUAUUCUCAAUUGGCAUAAAACUACAUAAGCUUAUUAGUGGCGAAAGUAAUUUUUAUUCCUUCAAAUCGUGGGCGUUUAAAAUAUAUAACGCGCUGGCAUAUAUAAUGCGCGAGCAGAAGAGAAAUCUAUUAUUUAAAGUUAAGCGUGUUAUUGCGCUAUGAUAUGAAUGCAUGUAAAUUAUUUAAAUAUACCAAAUUUCAUAUCCCGACCAGGCUGCAGUUACUUUAUGUUUUGUUCUUCCUUUUUUGUGUGUAUUUUUUGCAGCAAAAGCCGCGCGAGUCAUAUUGUUUUGAAACAAAAAAUAAUGUAACGGUUCCAAAAGGGUUUUAAUCAAACCUCUUCAUAUAUUGAUAGUGAGUAUAAUAGUAAGCAUAACAAUAAAUAAAAUAAUAAUUUGCAACUAUCUUCAUAUAA